GCUCCUCUCAAACGGGCUCGGACCGCGGCUUCUGGACGGACCGUCACAGCGAGGAUAACGCGUGCGUGCGUGCUCCAUUUCACCCCGUCGACCCGUUCAGUCGGGAAUCAUGUCCGAACCGAGGUAUCGCGAAUGGAUUCUGGAGACCAUAGACUCGCUGAGGUCGAGGAAAGCACGUCCGGACCUCGAGAGAAUUUGCAGAAUGGUCCGAAGGCGGCAUGGGUCCGAGCCGGACCGAACCUGUUUGGAGCUGGAGAAACUGAUCCAGGAGCAGACGGUGCUGAAAGUGAACUACAAGGGCUCGGUCUCCUAUCGGAAUGCGGCCAAGGUGCAGAGAGGUAGGCGAAAACUGGAGCAGGCAACUAUGAGAGCCGCGGUAAAACACGCGUCACUCCCCGACCUGAACAACGGCGACAGCGCUCUCGGUCCCACGGAUGAGGACCAGAUGGAGGACAUGGAAGAUGAGCUGUCCACCACAGCUGGGCUGGACAGCAGCAUGGACGAGGAGGACGUCAGCCUGGACGCAUCGGCCAUGCAGAAGACCACAGACUCCGGCGUCGGCAUGAGCCCCAACCCUGAGGCCUGUGACGUCCAGGCUGCAACCCGUGCUUCCGGAAGCUCCCCGAGUUCCGGCCCCCCAGAGCAGGGCCUAGAUGCCACCCACAGCCCCCCUGAGCACACGCAGCCUGCAGCUCAACGAGACACAGGGUCCCCGGAGCUGGAGCUGGUGCGCCAGCCAGCAGCCAUCUGUCCGUCGGCUCAGCGGAGCGCAAUGGCAGGGGAGGAGGGGCCAAGGGCCGGGGAGAGCGCGCUCACGCCUGAUCAGCUGCUGCCCGAGUGCAGAGCCUCUCCGCACCUGGAUGAGGCGGUUGGCUCCGGCCAGGCACCCCACAAAGGCCCCGCCCCCACGCAGGAGGGCAAGAAGUGCAGUAAAGGGGAAGAUGUCGCCUGCAGUAAAGGGGAGGACGUCGCCUGCAGUAAAGGGGAGGACGUCGCCUGCAGUAAAGGGGAGGACGUCGCCUGCAGUAAAGGGGAGGACGUCGCCUGCAGUAAAGGGGAGGACGUCGCCGGAAUAGAACCGGCAAAGAAUGCAGGGCUGAAGAGAGGAACCCUGGUGAAGGCCGAGGAGAUGGCCCAGGACCCGCUGCAGUGGAGCGUGGCAGAUGUGGUGAGCUACUUCACCGCCGCGGGCUUCCCCGAGCAGGCAGCAGCCUUCAGGACUCAGGAGAUCGACGGCAAGUCCCUCCUCCUGAUGCAGCGCAGCGACGUGCUGACAGGCCUGUCCAUCAGACUCGGCCCCGCCCUCAAGAUCUACGAGCACCAUGUCAAAGUGCUGCAGAGGAGCCAUUUCCAGGAAGACGGCGACGUCUUCUCCUAGCCACGCCCCCAGCUGCCUCCGAAGGCCGACUGAAACCCACCCAGCGCGCGGGGGGGGGGGGCUCCGUCAAGGGGCAGAGAAAGGACUCGCUAUCCUCUGACUCCUACCCCCUCUCCCACAGGCUGAAUGAUGACCUCACUGCAGGUCAUAAUUUGCCUCCUCUUCCCCCCUUCUGGUUCUCACCCUCCUCCUCUUCACACGGCUGUUGACACCACCCAGCUGUGGAAUGGUGGUACCAUGUUUAUUGGGGGGAGGGGCCUUUUGGGGUUUGUUUUUUUUUUUUGAAGGGGGGUGUUGAGAUUUUUCCUCCACCAGUAUUGUUUUUCUUAUGCUUUACAGUAUCUCAGUAAUAUAUUUUGUUUGUGAAAUUAUAUAGAUUUUCCCCAUUCAUUUUAAUAUGUACAGCAGUGGGGUGUAUGUCCCUGGUUAAAUGGGAAUGUCGAGUUGGGAAAUAAAAUCCAGUUUCAGAAAGUGGCA